AUGGCUCAUGCUCGCAUCUCAGCCAACCUUCCCCCUGAUAUAGAUCCCACAAAAGCUCCUAUUGCAUUUGGAAGGAGGGCCCUUCCUAAACUGCAGGAGGAGUUACAUUCUCCUGAGCUGCUGACUCAGCAGCGGGCAUUGAUGGCGCUCUCUGAUCUGGUCCAUGACCCAGAAAAUGUCUACCAGGCAAUAGAAAUAGGAUUCUUGGGUAACCUGAAGUCUUUGCUCCCUCAUCAUGACAGUACUGUCCGACAAAAAACAACCCAGAUCCUCCAUAUAAUGGCUAUGCAUAAUGUUGGCAGGCAAGGGUUGAUACAAAAUGGAGUGAUUUCUGCCCUCACUGAGCUCUUGGAUGAUCCAGUAGAAAUCUGUCGGAAGAACACACAUCAGAUUUUUGAAAUGAUGGCAAAAUUACGUGAAGGGGCUGUUGACAUACUGCAUGCGGGUUUGAUUCCCUUACUUGUAUUCAAAUUGAAGACUGAGUCAGAUGAAAUCCAGGAGCUAAUCCUUGAUACACUCUCCAACUCUCUGCGUGUGGAUGCUUCUGAAGCUCUAGCAAUUGGUGCCGUUACUAUGCUGAAGGAAAAGCUCACACACUCAUCAGUGGCCAUCAGAAGCAAAGCAGCUUGGGUUCUGUUAGAAAUUGGUGCUCAUCCAGAGGGAAAAAUCGUGGUAUGUGAAGAAGUUAUUCCUGUGCUGGUGAGCCUCUUGAAAGAUACAGAUCCUGAAGUCCAAGCUAGUGCUACAGGAGCACUGAUGUUUGCUACUGUUAAACCUCAGGGGAGAUUCUCAGCCCUAGCUGCUGAAGCCAUUCCACCUUUACUGAAGUUGGUUGCUGAGGAAACCAGCAAAGCCCGUCUGAGUGCAAUCAAAACCCUCACCAUGCUGGCUGAGCUACCAGAGGGCCGCAAGACACUCCUAGAUCAUACAGAUACAUUUCAGCAGUGUCUGAAUGAUCCCUGUGAGGCCGUGAAAAGAGCUGCCGAAAUUGCCAUCAGUGUCAUCAAAUGGAAACCUUUCUGA